CCCUUAGAGGUCUCCAUUUCUUUUCCGACCAUAAAAAAAAUUAAUAUUUCUGGCUUCGCAUCCAAUCGCAUAUCAGAUCACGCGGAAACACUUUUGGUUCAACGAAUUUGAAUAGAUCUGGAGAAUCAACAAGGCGUUCGACACCUCGACCAAGGUAUCUCUCCCGACUCGCCGAUGGCUCCGUCACCGGAGCAUCUCCGUAACUCUUCAUCCUCCUCCUCCUCCUUAUACUCCGUCGAAGUUCCGGACAAAAGAGAGCCAGAAAUAAGCACCGAUGCUAAACAGAUAGAUGGUAGCGGAGACUCCAGGCGAGCCAUUAGUGGCGACGGUUCUCACGCUCAAGUGGAUUUUGCAUUGAAUAACGGUGCCGUUGAGCAUCCAGGCACUGUUCAUCGAAGUCUUUCUGAAGUUGGAACGUUGCGAGUGGGCACUUCAAACAUUGAAAAAUUGGAUUCAAGCCAGCCUAAACUAGUAAAAUCGAAAACUGAGGCACAAAGACCUCGGAACAUAUUUGCUGAAGACGCAGCCCAGAUUUUUGACAAUAAGAUAUCUGCCCAAAAGAAGCUUAAAUUGUUGAACAGAAUAGCUACUGUGAAAGAUGAUGGGACUGUGGCGUUCGAAGUGCCAGAUGUUGAGCCCCAUGUUCUUGAUGGUGGACCAAGAGACGCACAUUCUGAAGUUGCUGAGGAAGAGUCACUUGAAACAGAUUUUCAGUAUGUUCCACCUCUGCAAAUAGUGAUGCUUAUAGUUGGAACACGCGGAGAUGUGCAGCCAUUUAUUGCCAUUGGCAAGCGCCUCCAGGAAUAUGGUCAUCGUGUAAGAUUGGCAACUCAUUCAAAUUUCAAAGAGUUUGUACUAACUGCUGGGCUUGAGUUCUAUCCAUUAGGCGGAGAUCCAAAAGUUCUUGCUGGUUAUAUGGUUAAAAAUAAAGGCUUUUUGCCAUCAAACCCUUCUGAGAUACCCAUUCAGCGAAAUCAAAUGAAGGACAUUAUCAACUCUCUGCUUCCUGCUUGCAAAGAAUCUGAUCCUGAUUCCGGUAUUCCUUUUAAUGCAGAUGCAAUCAUUGCAAAUCCUCCUGCAUACGGGCAUACCCAUGUGGCAGAAGCACUAAAAGUACCAAUCCAUAUAUUUUUCACAAUGCCAUGGACGCCAACAAGUGAGUUUCCACAUCCCUUGUCCCGUGUGAAGCAACCUGCUGGAUAUCGACUUUCAUAUCAGAUUGUUGACUCAAUGAUUUGGCUUGGGAUACGGGACAUGAUAAAUGAUGUUAGAAAGAAAAGGCUGAAGCUACGACCAGUCACAUAUUUGAGUGGUUCCCAAGGCUCUGAUUCUGAUGUGCCACAUGGAUAUAUAUGGAGUCCCCAUCUUGUUCCUAAACCAAAAGAUUGGGGACCUAAGAUUGACGUGGUAGGAUUUUGCUUUCUGGAUCUUGCAUCAAAUUAUGAACCCCCCGAAUCGCUAGUAAAGUGGCUUGAAGCUGGUCCCAAGCCUAUUUAUAUUGGAUUUGGAAGCCUUCCUGUUCAAGAACCAGAAAAAAUGACCCAAAUAAUAGUAGAUGCGUUGGAACAAACUGGACAGAGGGGUAUCAUUAAUAAAGGCUGGGGUGGCCUUGGAAAUUUGGCAGAAAACAAGGACUUUGUGUACUUAUUGGACAAUGUUCCUCAUGAUUGGCUGUUCUUGCAAUGCAAGGCUGUGGUACAUCAUGGAGGUGCUGGAACAACUGCUGCCGGUCUUAAAGCUGCAUGCCCGACCACCAUUGUUCCGUUCUUUGGGGAUCAACCUUUCUGGGGAGAGCGGGUGCAUGCCAGAGGAGUGGGACCUUCACCCAUCCCAGUUGAAGAAUUCUCACUUCUCAAGUUGGUUGAUGCAAUAAAAUUCAUGCUACAUCCAAAGGUGAAGGAGAAAGCCAUCGAACUUGCCAAGGCAAUGGAGAGUGAGGAUGGGGUGACCGGUGCAGUAAAAGCAUUUCUUAAACAUCAUCACAAAAAGUCCGAGCCCAAGCCAUCACCAGUCCGGUCCAGUAUAUUCUCCAUCAGUCGAUGUUUCCGAUGUUCAUGAAUGUCGUAUGUAUGCUUGUCCCUUCCUUGUAAGUUCACGUGUGUGUGUUCUGUAUUUUUCCUCCAUAGUGUUUUAAUUCCUAAUCUGAAUCCCCUUUUUAUAUGUCCCUGUCCUAUCCCUGUUACAGUUGAGACAUGUUUUCGUGUAAAACACAGUUUCAUUCUAGUGGAAGGUGAAAGGGCCAUUGUUUUAAGUGUUUGAGCUACGAUGUAUUCAUCGUAUAAAACUUGGAACCGUGUAAAAUGAUGAUAGAUCAGAUUAUUUGCGGUUUCGUCCGACGGAUUUAAAUGUGUAGAUUGUUAUAGAUGAAUCAAUUUGUUGGUGAAGUGUUGUAAAUUAUCA